AAGACUUGCUCCACACUUUCAUCUCAUUAUUAAAAAUAUUUAUUUCCUUUAAAUGAUAAACGAACGAGCCAACAGCUGUUAGCCACCUAGCAGCUAACUGCCAAACUGCUGACCCUCAAUGUAAAGACCCUUCAGCUAAUCCUGCUGCUAGCUCUGUUAGCUACUACGAUAAACAACGUCACGGAUAGUUACCUCAGUGAUGACGUCAAUGCGUUAACCAGCUUCAACGUCAGCGUGUAAAAUGUGACGUUUGAUACCUUAUCCGCUGUUCACGCUGACCGCUAUGCUGAGGUUAGCAUUUGUUAGCAUCGCCACCGAAGCUGCUGCUGCAUCCAAUGGCAACGGUGCGUCCGCUGAACGGUCCGGGUAGAAAACAGGACGUAGUGACAAAGGUUCCUGUCAGAGAAGAACAGUCACAUCCAAAAAUUAAAGCUGACAGCAGAAGAAGAAGGCCAGCUGGUCUAUUAAUAGCAGAGUCCCUCAGAGUCUCAGACCUGAUCCGUCACAGUCCUGCAGCCUGUUCUGAACACUGUUCCACCUCGAACACCUCUGGACCGUCCGCCGUCAUGCCCGGCAGUCAGGCUCGGAGCCGGGCCAGAGACCGGAACAACGUCCUGAACCGGCCCGAGUUUCUGUCCCUGAACCAGCCCCCCCGCAGGGAGCAAGGGGCAGGGGAAGGGCGGGGGAGCGGGGGUCCGAAGAGAGCCUCGGCCAGACAGCACAGUCAGCAGGAGGACCCAGGAGUGAGGGGGGGCUCCUCGAGGGACUCCUCAGAGGGGGGCUCAGGAGCUGAAGGGGCGGUGAAGGAAGACUGUAUGCAGCUGAAUCCAUCCUUCAAAGGCAUCGCCAUCAACUCUCUGCUCGCCAUCGACAUCAGCAUGUCAAAGCGUCUGGGUAUAUGUGCCGGGGUCCGCGGCCCAGGGGCCCCGCUGAGGUCCAUGGUGUCACUGCUGGCCCUCAGCGGACACGCCCUCCCCUGGUUAUUUGGGACUCUGAUCUGUCUGUGGAGGAGCAACACGAUGGCGGGACAGGAGGUCCUCGUCAACCUGCUGCUGGCUCUGGUCCUGGAUCUGAUGACGGUCGCUGGGAUGCAGAAGCUGGUCAAACGCAGAGGACCAUGGGACUUACCUCCAGGGUUCAUGGACUACAUCGCGAUGGACAUGUAUUCUUUCCCGGCAGCCCACGCCAGUCGAGCCGUGAUGGUGUCCAAGUUCCUCCUAAACCACCUGGUGCUGGCGGUUCCCCUCAGGAUCUUGCUCUACCUGUGGGCCGUCCUGGUUGGUGUGUCCCGUGUGCUGCUGGGUAAACAUCACCUGUCCGAUGUUGGUUGUGGAUUCGCUCUCGGCUUCCUGCACUUUAAUCUGGUGGAGUCGGUUUGGUUGGACUCUGCUACCUGCCAGACCCUCAUCUCCAUUGGCACGCUGCGCUGGACUCCACUGCUCUGAACUGGUUCAGCUCGGUGUAAGACUGGUCUGUCUGGACUCUGUUGUCCACCAGAUGCUCAUGAGUAAUGCCUCACAUUGGACUUUUUUUUUUUUAACUAGUUUGGAUUGUAGUUUUUUAAGAAUUUGGACUCUUCUGCCUGGACUUUAUACUCUAGGAUGACCUAUGCUGAAUACUGGAUUUUUAAGACCAGUUGGACUGGUUUGAACUGGUCCUGAUUGAUUCUUUUACCUGACAGAUACUUACUGGUUAUGGCUUAAUUAUCAAAUGCUGCUAACAACUGCUUUCAUGUUUAUCCCAACCUGAAUGGAUGAAUGUUUGCUGCUUUGAGGAACCUUUGUGUUGAUUUUGGCACCACCGCGUCAAACAGUCAGCUGUAUCACUCAGAGAAAAUCAAGACUUCUGUUUCUGUAGCACAACGCAGAAGUUUCAGGCAUUAAAAAGAACUACUUAGAAGUAA